ACAUCCGAUAGUCAAAUCCCAUUCUUCUCGCAGAUGUUCCUCGCUAUUGUCAUAGUUACAUCGAUUGGAAGCGUUGUAUUAUACAUUGUUGUAUAUGCAUUGACUCGAAAAAACGUCCGUUCUGCUCAGAAAAUUCAAAUGGGAUCGAAAGCGGCUGAAGCAUUCGCACGUCGUCAACGUAAACUUACUAUGACAAUGAAUAUUUCAUGUGUGAUAACAGUUGUCCUCUUCGUUUUGCCCAUGUGCAUAAGUUUUUUGGUGGGCGACGCAGUUAACACACCACUGUACGACUUCGUAACAGUGUAUUCCGGAAUCAGCUGCAAUUUCAAUCCUCUCGCAAUCCUUGCAGCUCUGUUCAUUAUGCAGGAAGACGUGAAAGCGGCUGUACUCAGCAGCUUACCGCGCUGUUUGCAUCGCUUGAUCGAACGUCGGCUACCAAAUUUCGUCCCAGCCAAAACGUUUGGUGACACUCUGUCGAUGGCCGAUGGUCUUACGACGCAACACAAAAACCACCCGACAGCAGGUUUUUCGCACUUGCCGCAGCAGACCACCAAAAUUGCUGUAAAGCCCCUUCCGAAAAAUGAGGAAUUACCGCAACGGUGCGAUCACGCCAUUCAUUUCCAGCGUUGCGAAAUAAGGCACUAA